CUUCCGCCUACCCCGCCCGGGACGCCGGACCGGAAGCGUAGCGCUCUAACUCCAGCCUCCUGGUCUAGCUUGAAACCGGGAGCCUCCAAGAUGCCGGCUUACCACUCUUCUCUCAUGGAUCCUGACACCAAACUCAUUGGAAACAUGGCACUGUUGCCUAUCAGAAGCCAGUUCAAAGGACCUGCCCCUAGAGAGACAAAAGAUACAGAUAUUGUGGAUGAAGCCAUCUAUUAUUUCAAGGCCAAUGUUUUCUUCAAAAACUAUGAGAUUAAGAAUGAAGCUGAUAGAACCUUGAUAUAUAUAACUCUUUACAUUUCUGAGUGUCUGAAGAAACUCCAAAAGUGCAAUUCCAAAAGCCAAGGUGAAAAAGAAAUGUAUACACUGGGAAUCACUAAUUUUCCCAUUCCUGGAGAGCCUGGUUUUCCACUUAAUGCAAUUUAUGCCAAACCUGCAAACAAACAAGAAGAUGAGAUGAUGAGGGCCUACUUACAGCAGCUGAGACAAGAGACUGGACUGAGACUUUGUGAGAAAGUUUUUGACCCUCAGAAUGAUAAACCUAGCAAGUGGUGGACUUGCUUUGUGAAGAGACAGUUCAUGAACAAGAGUCUUUCAGGACCUGGACAGUAAAAGGAACCUGGGCAGACACUUCCCACAGCCAUGGGCAGCGUUUUACAGCAAGAUGUACACAGUUCUUUGCCUUUAUUUGAUAAAGUUUUAUACAGAAGAGAGAAGAGACCAUGUCUUCACUUGAAGAGCUCUUUAUCAAGAAUUUGGGUAUUGGGGAGGAAGAACAAGUUGUCGAAGGGUGAUUUGAAAUUUUCUGCGUUAUUAAGCUGGUGCUUAAUAAGAAUAGGAAAUAAUAAAGAAAUUUCUAACAUUCCA